AUGGUUGGCCUGCGCCUGGCAGCGGAGUGCGAGUACUCAGAGGACCCCACGCUGGUUCAAACUUAUCCCAUGAUAGGGCUGUACUUUCCUAAGCCGGAAACUGUCACUCUACUCGAUGUUGCUCGCCAGAUAUACGACGAGUGGCCUGAGCUAAACCCGGGAGCACCGCCCCUCAAGAUAAAGGCGCUUGUCAACAAGGCUCGUCCUCUAAUCAGAUAUUCAUCAAAGAAAAACCUGUCCGAGGUCUUCUUGGACCAGGGCAAGGCUGAAACUGAUCAUUUGGACCAAGAUGGCGUCGUUUCCGUCGUCCUCGAUCGCUCCUCUUUCCCCGACCUCCCUCAAGACCCCUCUGCCGCGCCAUUGCCAAACCCUUACCUUGAAUUGUCCAAUGCGUAUGCAAGCGCAUCUAUCCAGCAACCCACCUCGGUGAAUGGUCUCCAAUCCUCGCUUCAGGCCUCUACCCUGACCCAACGAGAGGCGCGCAAGAGGAAGCGCAAAUCAGAACCAAUCUUAGCGCGAGAUUUGUCAGGACAAAAUACGUAUGGCAACCAAGCCCCAGGGCAAGCCGCUCCAACCCCCAGCGCUCGGAAAAAGUCUCGUAAGUCUGAGCCAGCGCAACCUGCACAAACCCCUGUCCGUCUCCCACCCACCGUGGCAGAUAUGGUCUGGCCCUCUCAAUACACCCCUGCGCGUAUCGAAGAAAUGCGCCGGGAAGCCGCCGAACAGAUUGAAAAGGGUAAGCGUCGAAUUGACCGAGUUCGAGAAGAGUUGACGAAGCCCAAUCUGGAUAAGACUAUCAAGGGUAUCCUCCUGACGAUCAUAAAAGACUGGGACUUGUUGCACCCCGGACCUGGUCAGCCGCGCGCCUACAAAACCUCCAGGUUGGAGGCUAGAAUUGAGCGGUCGUUCGAGAAAUUGCAGAGCAUCGGAGCUGCACUCGAGUCAAGUGACAGUGAGUCUGAGAGUUAUGCAAGUGACUCGAGCAGUGAAGCGGAUGCAGUCAGCCUGAGCGCCGCAGCCAGCCAGAGCGACCCAGCCAGUCAAAGUGAUUCAGGCGACGAAAGCGACGCAGAUCGCGAGGUGGCAGAGACUAUCUUUGCGGAUUUCUUUGACGACGAAGCUCAGGCUGAAGAAGACGAGGACGAGGACGAGGAUGAGGAGAAUGAGGAUGAGGAUGAGGAUGAGGAGGAUGAGGAUGAGGAUGAGGAUGAGGAGAACGUGGACGGCUUCGAAGAUGCCGAGAAGGGCGGGCAGGAGGACGCUGAAUCAGAAGGCUUCGAAACAUCUGAGUCGCACCAACAGGAAUCUGGCAACGAAUUCGAAGCUGAAAGUGACGCCGAAGACUCCGAAGAUGAGGGCAAGGCGAGCGAUAACGAAGCCGAAGGUCACGAAUCACCCGAGGGCCACCUCCCAGCCUCCAGUGAUGGAGCAGAAGUCGACAGCGAUGCUGAGUCUUCCCAGUCCGGUGGCCCUGCCGACCCUCAAGUCGGGGCUAGUGAGACACCGGAGAAGGAGUCUCAAGCAUCCGCAGCAACUUCGGCUCCGGAUUCUGCAAAGAGGUCCGUUGGGCUCCUCAAAGGACUUCUCACCAACCGUCAGAAGUUGGAGGAGUUCAAGCAAGCCCAGCGGCGGAAGAGACGCCUGCCAGACGUUUAUGAUGUGUCUGACCACAGCACGAGUGAUGCUGAGGCGGGCGACAUCUACGCGGAUGGCACCUCCAGCAAAAUCCGCAAGAUUAGGGGGCGCACCUAG